ACUUUAGUUCUGGCAACCCAAUUAGGUGAAUGAAGGAAUUUUUAAGAAAUAGAAAGAAGUCGCUAAUUUAUGCGAGACAGCGUCUUUAUUUUGAGAUUCAAUUGCUUAACUUUUUGUGAUAGUUUCGAAAUAAUACGCGGUGCCCUUGUACAACAAUCUAAGUUGGUCUGCAGGGGCCAAAUUUGAAAAUAAUUAGUGUAACCAAGUGAUCGUAGUUAAAUAAAUUUCGGAAAUGGGUGAUCAACAAUUCUUCCUCAAAUGGAACGACUUCCAGACAAAUAUGGUGACAUCUUUUAGGCAUUUGAGGGAUGAGAAAAGCUUCACAGACGUGACGCUAGCAUGUGAGGGCCAAACGUGUAAGGCCCAUAAAAUGGUCCUCUCUGCGUGUAGUCCCUACUUCAAAAGCUUAUUAGAGGAAAAUCCAUCAAAGCACCCUAUAAUAAUCCUGAAGGAUGUGUCGUACCUGCACCUGCAAGCUAUCCUGGAGUUCAUGUACGCGGGCGAGGUGAACGUGUCUCAGGAGCAGCUGCCCGCAUUCCUCAAGACGGCCGCAAGGCUUAAGGUGAAGGGCCUAGCCGAGCCCCCACCGCAGAUGCCCAGCAUCAAGCGAGAAGGCUAGCCGUCAGUGCCAGUGCAAAGACUAUAGUGAACAUAUGUAUGAGCUACACCUUGUAACAUUACUCACCAUAGAUGUAUGCAUUCUGUCUCAUAAAUACCAACAAUAUACAUUAUGCCUGAUGUAUUAAAACCAGCAACAAUUUACACCACAUCUGAUAUAUUACUAGGAAUCUACAAUCUAUCAUGAGGAAUCUAAAGUUCAGUGAAAAGCUGUUUUUGACAAAAAUUUGACUACAGUCGUAUGGCUAAUUUGUAAGCGAAAUUCUACCGGUAUGUAGCACCACACAAAUGUUUCUUCUGAUCUACUUGCAUUAGCGAUAUUUCAACGUUUUUAAAAUAACCGUGAAAUUGCAAUAUUUUUGCGCCAACUGUUUUGGUGGAAUCUCAACAUUAGAUUCACUGACAUACACAGAGAUCACAAGAUUUAUUUUACCAACUAUAACUAUUGUUCCACAAUCAAAAUAAACAUCAAUUCUAUGGAAUUGUGAUGUGUCUUAAAUUCCAUAGUUGUAGCUUUUGUGUUGGGUAUUCACAUACACAUUGUUUUGUAUUGAAAUAUUUGCCGAAUUUGAGACAGUUCUCAAUUGCAGCAUCUAUCAUAUCAAAGAUAAAAUCAAUAGGGUAGUUUCCUAAAAAAUAAUAAUUAGUCCGUCUUGUAGAUUGUCCAAAAUUAAGCGAUACGUAUUUUUUCUUUUUUAAAUUGGAUCAGAACUUGUUAAGAUAUAGCGUGUUAAAGUUGAGUGUGACGUCACAAGUUGCUACAAUUUUCAGGACACUGUGACGUAAAAGGCCCCCACUCCUAAUUUUUGAAGUGUAUUAUCUUUGUCAUUUUAUGUUUAAUUAAAAAAAGAAAAAAUACGUAUCCAAUAUUUUUUGAUUAUCUAAAAAGCGGACUAAAUAUUAUUUCAUUAUUUCGACCCUGGAAACUACCCUAUUCUGUGUAAUGUAAUAUAUACUUGUUGGCCAGUAUCUCGAGAAAUCUCUGUUACUUAGACAAGACUUCAAGACUAUUUCUAAUAAAUAUUUUCAUUAAAACCUUGAGAGAUGUGCCUUAAUCAAUUUUAUCAGUCUGUGCCUUUUUGUCUUCAAUUUAAAUAAAAAAAUGCUAUUUCUAUACAGCAAUGUUUAUGUGAAUACAAAAAUCUUGAGACAGAAUGAAUAACAUCUAUAUAUUUGAAUAACAAAAUAUCCCAUAACUACUUUAUUUUCAAGUGCCAGUGUUGUCACAAAAAAAUAUCAGGAAAAUACCAUUUUAGUAAUAAUUCCGAAUGACGAAUUUCUCAAAAUUGACUCAUUUGGCCGGCAUAAGCCAGCGUUGAGAUAUCGCUCGACUCAUAUAAAAUAGGUUUAUCAUAGUAGUAAUAAAAGGGCGUUGUUCAAACGUUGGUAAUUGUCACCAAAUGUUGGAGAUUGGUCACCAACAAUUUCUACCGUUAUUUUUUUGACCGCUGACAACAUUGGUCAUAACAAUCAAUUCAACCUCCUUUUCUCUUUUUAAAAAAGGAAUGUGUUAAGCAUUGCUUUUUAAUCACACUGAAUCUGGCAGAGGCCAGGAUCUCAUCUGAUUUGGGUGUUUUUUUUUUUAUAUUUGUUUAUGGUAUAAGUAUGAAAGAGUCCGGUAAUAGUGUUCGCAACAAUGUGUUUCAUGACUUUAAAUUAGUGCUUUGGCAAAUCGUGUUUCGUUUUCGCUCACAAGCACUUUUAACACGCAAAAAAAUAUACUUUUAAAGAAAACUUAUAUCAGUCUCGAAUUUGUAGAACUAAUUUUCACGAUUUUAUACUUUAAGUACCACGAAAUAAGGUUGAAUACGACUUGCCACUGCACUCUACAUAGUUAGUGCCCACACAUUGGUACGACCGUGUCGACAUAUUCUUGGCUCCGCUCCUGCCUUGCUCCGUGAGUUACCUAACGACCAAAGUAAAUUAGUAUAUAAUAACACCACAAUCCUUCACUUAACGUCCAACGGGGGAUGGGAAUGUGCUCUGAAAGGUGGAAAUAAAUACGAUUCGUUUCAAUGAACUUAAUUACCAAAAAAUAAUUAAUUAAUAUCAUAUUCCAAUUUUCAAAAACCUGUUCUAGCAGUUACUAGCUUCCUCCCUCGGUUUCACCCGCGUUUCGAGGAAAAUAUUUUCCAUACCCGGAUAAUAAGUCAAAUCGAUUAAGCCGUUUCUGAGUUAUAAUGUAACUCACACAACACUCUUUUCUUUUAUGUACCUUUUUCUACGUACACACAUAUAAUUCUGUAUGUGUCUUAUGGACACACUCAGAGACAUUUAAUGGUUACUCAAGCCGUUCCUUGGUGCAGAAUUUCUAUGAGAAUCUGUCACUGAGGAGUGACUUAAGUAAUCAUUAAAUGCCUCUGAGUGCGGGGGUAAGUAAUUAUUUUUGUGCCUAUUCACUACAACAUUAAAACCGUUUGUAAACUGAGCGCAUUCCCAUAGCUACCCGUUAGACGAUCAUGAACUAAGAAUGAGACCACGCGGCCGUACCAAUGCCUUAGUCUAUCCACUCCACCAACGGUUGCCUUACAGUUGAAUAGUGACUGCAAUACAGGGUGUUCUGUCAACGUCAUGCUAAAAAACAACAGUAAAAUUUUAUAGGACAGGUUUUCUGAGUCAGAAAUAUCUAUGUUACCUUGGUAAGUUGUAAGUUUUUUCUUUUCUAUCAAUUAUAAAAUUAGAAUAUAUGUGUUAUUCUGGUAAAUAGGCUUCAUUGCCAUCAAUAUCCAUCCAGUAAUUAUUGACUGCAAAAGGAACAAACAUCUAUACAUAUAAAAUUUUGCGUUCAUAAUAUUAAUGGGAAGUAGGAUUAUCCAAAAACUACUACAAUUAAGUAUGUAACAAAACGACUUAUCCAAUUAACAAAAAGAUUCUGACGAAUUGAUAACCUACCUCUUUUUUUGAAGUCAGUCAAACAUCAGAUUGGUUAGAAGUUUGGAAGUCGAUAGACACCCUGUAUUGCUAUAUGUAUGUGUAACGACAAUGCUUCUAGAUAUUUAGGUGUUUGUUGAUUUCAUGUAUAAAAUACACCAUAAUUAUGAUCUUGUAAUGAGUUUGUUAUGUCGGGUUCAAGUAAAAAGGAUUUACAGUAUAACCACUUUUUGAUGCAGUUGUCAGUCCGUAGCAACGACAUUUUCUCUUGAAAACUGGCAGCUGUCAAAUGCACAAAAAUCGCAAUCCCCUAUAAAAAUAUUAUUAACAUAUGCAUUUUUUAAUUCUUGCUCUCACAAUUUUGACAAAAAUGGUAGAUUUUUUCAGUGUCAUAGACAUAAAAUUGUCUAUACCAUGUGACUUUCCUAACCCUGACAUAACGCGACUCAUAUUAAAUAAUCUAUUUGUAAUACAUUCGUAACAGUACUUUCCAAUUUUUUUUUUUAUAAAUAUGAUUGAUCCUUACUUCUAAUGUAUGUAUGAUGUAUUUCAGUAAAUUGGAAAUUAUGUAUGUUUUUUUUUAUGUAAAUGCAAUCCAUUGUUUGUCUAGUACAAAAAAUGAUUGAUAUCUGUAAAUUAUGACAAAAAAAAAACAAUUUGACAUUAAAAUAAAGAUGGCUAACUCACGUUAAAGGCAACGUUUGAUUAUAAAUUGGAUAAUGUUUCGAUAAUGUAUUAAGUUUUUCAGAAAGUCUUUUUAUAUUGUAUACAAACUUAAUAUGGAUUUCUUUCACGUUUCUUAGAUGAAAUAGGUGCAAUUAUUAUUUUUGCGGCUUUCUUAGAAAUAUUGUCAAUACAAGAUUAUAUGUUUAAUAAUAUUUCAAUAUAAAUUAAAGUUGCCAGUAUAAAAAUAUUAUAAAAAGAAAUAAUUAUAGAGAACCCCGAAAAAUCUGCAAUAUUUCUAAGAAAACCGUAUCAAUACUUAGUAUAAGUCAAGUUUUUUUUAUUACGAAUUCAGCACAGUUUUUAAGUUCGGUUAUUUUUUUAUAGUAGUAAUACUGACUUGGUUUACCCAUCGUUUUUGAAGUGCGACAGCAGUAAUAUUUCUUUUCUAAAGCUAGUUUUAUUUAUUACCUACUGCCGCGAAAAUGACUGCAUAAAUGUACCCAUUAUAUUCAGUCAGAAAUAAUUUCUAUUCUACUGCUUAUAGUUACUAUUUCUACUCUCCCCCCCACCUUGCCCCCCAGAAAAUAACCUGAAUAUUAAUCGUUAGCGAAUGUUGUAAAAAUGUAAAUCUGAUAUUUUUAGACGACAAAGUAAAUGGUAUGUGCUGAAUAAUCACGUGGUAACUAGUUGUAAUGAUUGAAAUUAUGAAAGAUUUGUAAUUUUAGAUAAUACAGAUUAAUUAAAAUAU